AUGGCUACAUCUCCUCCGCAUGUUGCGGCACGAAGUUAUGGAGCCAACGUGACGUACAUAUAUGAAUUUUCACGGGGGCUUGGUGGUGUGGACGUCCCUCUCGAUGUGCUUAUCGCUCGGAUAAUCUACUCGUCGCUCAUCAUCCUGGCCUUGAUCAUUUUCUGCGGCCGGAUCGCUCAAAUAAGCCAUGCAUACCUUCGUCAGCUCACAUCUACCUCCUCCAAUCGAAGACAGCAGACAUAUUGGAGCCAGGAACAGUCAGUAUGGUGGCCUUGGUUAAAAAAGUACUUCCUGUAUGCUCCAUUGGGAAGGAAACGACACAACAGGGAGGUACAGCUAUCAUCCGCCAUCGGCAUGGGUACUCUACCAUCUCGGUUUCAAACCAUCUUGAUCACCUUGUACUUGACUAGCCAAGUUGUAUACUGCCUAUUCUUGGAUUAUGGAAUCAAUGAGGGGCAGGCUCUGGUAGCAGAGCUCCGCGGGCGUUCUGGGACUCUGGCAGUCUUUAAUAUGGUCCCGCUUUUUCUCCUGGCAACUCGAAACAACCCUUUGAUCUCCAUACUCCAUAUCAGCUUUGACACUUACAAUCUCCUUCAUCGAUGGCUCGGUCGCAUUGUCGUAAUUGAAGCCAUCACCCAUACUGCAGCAUGGGCCGUCAACGCCUGCGCGGAGCAAAAUUUCACCGAUAUGCUCGCACGCCUAAGAGAUACACCCUUCUUCACCUGGGGACUAUUGGGCACAUGUUCUAUGGUUGCCCUCGCCCUCCACUCCCCAUCUCCAAUCCGACAUGCCUUCUACGAGACAUUCCUGCAUCUACACCAGCUCUUCGCGUUACUAGCUUUCAUCGGCGUAUACCUCCAUCUCAACAUAGACUCCCUUCCUCAGAAGCCAUGGAUUGAUGCCGUCGCCGCGAUUUGGGUUCUCGAGCGCAGUACCCGACUCCUCCGUCUUGCAUACCUCAACAUCUCCCCCAAACACGGUAGCACUCGAAUGACAGUAGUGGCGCUCCCAGGAGAAGCAUGCCGAGUGACCUUCCAUCUCCCCAAGCGAGUCGACAUCAAACCCGGCUGCCACGUCUUCGCCUACAUUCCCUGUGUAUCCUGGUGGAUGUCACACCCAUUCUCCAUUGCCUGGGCCGAGCCCCGAUGCAACACGAAUAACACACGAUGCCUCGACUCAAAAACAUCUCAGGAUCCACCUCUCACACCUUCCUCCCUCGAAAAACAAGGCUUUGAUCUCUCAUUCCAUGAUCCAUGCGCCGAUUCACGUCCCCAGCCAACAGAAGUCUCCCUCAUCAUCAGUGCUCGCCAAGGUAUGACCCGCCGGUUAUACAAUCUCGCUCUCUCGAAACCAAACCGCACUCUACACUCCUCAGGCUUCAUAGAAGGUCCAUACGGCUCACACCCAGCCAAUCCACCCAGCUAUGGUACAGCAGUCCUCUUUUCCGCCGGCGCCGGAAUAACACAUCAUCUCCUCUACGCCCGUGAUCUAGUCCUUCGUUCUGCCGCCGAGACAGCAGCUACCCGACGCGUCUACCUCAUCUGGUCCGUCCGAUCCACAGAUCAUCUUUCGUGGGUCAGCCAAUGGAUGGACCAGAUCCUGAAAUUACCGCUUCGUCGCGAUAUUCUCGUCAUUAAGCUAUUCGUCUCGAAACCGCGCCGUGCGGCUGAUAUCGUCUCUCCAUCAAAGACGGUACAGAUGUUCUCUGGGAGAUGUAGGCCAGAUGUGGUUCUCGAUGAAAUCUUACCGAACAGAGUUGGUGCGACGCUAGUAUCGGUUUGCGGGCCUGGGGCCUUUGCGGAUGAGGUGCGCAUGGCGACAAGGGACAGGAUUGGGAAGGGGGCUGUGAUCGAUUUUGCUGAAGAGGCUUUUACGUGGUAG